AUGAGUGAUCGAAUUCCAUUCCAUAGUGGCGGCAACGAAGCCAUGCCCUGGGAAGUUAGUUUCGACUCUGAGAGCUUCCAACGCAACGAAUCCUCAGAGGUCAAUACCGACUUCUUCUCGGAUCUAGUCAACUCUGACGGACUGGCGAACGCUCAUCAGAACCCUCUGCCUAUCAGAACAUCCACAACGCCAUCGUCCGGCGCCUCGCCGAACCGCGACCCAGAGACAUCCCUAACUACCACGAACCUGAACAGCACCCAGAAUACCAAAUGCGUACCUCAAACUGGUAUUUUUGAUCUAUUCCAGAAUGAGAUCAAGCAUCCCCCGGUCUUGGAGAGCACCAACGGGGAUGUUGGCAAGGAACCGCCGCGCGAGAAGAAGCGACGUCGAAGUCGCAACUCGCCAGAACCCGAUUACUCCCAGAUAAUCCUGGAACUCAACAAGAAGCGGAAACGCACUGGGCAGGCUUGUGAUCGGUGCAGGGUGCGCCGAUACAAGUGUGACCCAGGCCGCAAUGGGUGUCUCAAUUGCCGGGCCGGCGGCCUAAUGUGCAAAGUGACUGACUGUGUCACUGGAGAAACCUAUGUCCGCGGCGCAGCUGGCCGAAUGGCGGCCGAGGUUGACAGACUGAAGGCCCGCAUUGCUGAUCUGGAGCGUGAGAACGAUGAGCUCCAACGUAAAAAGCCCUGCUAUGGCUUCGGAUCUGCCAAUGCUCCCACAGAUCCUACACACCCGUCUAUUGUUCUUUUACAACAGCAGCAGCACCAAGCCAAACUACGAGAACAGCAAAUCAGCAAACUUCAGAUUGAGAAUACUCAGGUGCAGAAACGGGCUGCUGUUCUCAAGGAAAAGAACGAGACACUCCAGAAGCGGAUUGAAGAACAGGAAGCCCUUCUCAGACUGACAGAUGACUUCCCCCUUUACAACACCAAGUUCAAUCACGCGCUUUAG